AUGUCCAUAGCCGAUCUGACUAGAAACUGCUUCCAAAGUGGCGUAUCAGCGCCCAGGUGGGUGAAACUGUGUCAACUCUACGUCUCAAAGAAUGGGAUUGAAUCCACGCCUGAUGUCGAACAUCAAAUAAGCAACUCUGUGCUUAUCCUGUACCGUUCGUAUCCCGGAGAACCAGAUCUCGUUGAAUACUUUCGACAGGCGUUACAAGAAUCUCUGGUCUCGCUACCCGUAUUUGUUUCGACGUUUCUGCAAGCAGCAUUCUCCCCCGAGAUUCGGACGUCGGCGUCUCUCGAUAUGCUAUGUCGUGUCGCCCUUGAUGCUCACUAUUCAUCGAAUGCUCCCCCUGUUGGUUCGGUCGUGCCAGUUGGCGCCACUUCUGCAGCCAUCAUGGCUACCGUCAAGGAUGCACUUUCCCUACUUCGAUCUGCUAGCACAUUGCCUCCGUCACAUUUUCACCAGUUGUCGACGUCUGCUUCGGAAUUAGCAACCUUGCUUAUUUCUUGCAUCACUGAUCUCUCUCAAGUACCCGUUGCGCAGGCCAUGGUGCACCUUUCUGAAGUCAACUAUCUGUUGCAAACCCUUCCCCUUUCCAACACGGCUAGGCAGAUCUUCCAAACAUAUUCGCUAUCUCUGGAUAUGGUUGCUGGCGCCGAUGUGAAAGCCGCUCACGAAGCGCAGAUGAUGCAGAAUAUCAAUGCUUCUACUUAUGGUAAAGGAGAAUUCUCUGAUGCAACCUCGAACUCGGAUAUCGUUUCUUUCGGCCUUCUCUUGCAUCAUCUCGUACACAAUCGAGGAGCCAAAUACGGAUCUGGCAGUGGUGGCGAUCCCGUCGUAUUGCUCCUUGAAACCCUUCGAUGGAGCUCGUGGACCCCCGCUGUCUUUUAUACUCAACUUAUAUCUUCAGCGUUCACGUGCCUAUCGCAAACCUCUGGAAACAAGAUCUGGCUAUGGGUUUCCUUCAUCGCUGGUAGACUCCCGUCCAUGAUCUCUCAGUUUGAGGCAACGAUCAAGUCGGAUUCAUUAGUGAACGCAGAUUGGCGUUCCGCCGUUCAGACAGCCCUAUCUAAUGUCCUUCGUCGGUCCGAACUAAUGGCACAAUGCGACCACUUAAUACAACAGCUGAAUCUCGAGACACCAGUUCUUCGAUCAGCAUCCGGGGAGCUUCUAGCUGGCCUGAUCAAUCGAAGUGUCAUAGACUCGUCGUUUGCAGUCGGGAUAGAUGUGCGAACUGCGGAGGAUAGUAUACCACGCCUGAAGACAGAGGCAAGAGAUGCUGGUCACCCGGAACUACAGCCCUAUAUUACGUUCAAGAUAUCCCUCGAUGCAAGUCUUGAGGAAGUCAAGCUUCUCGCCAGUCGUGUCUGGCUUGACCCCACAAGCCAUGAAACAUUCGCACGCGUGAUAAUGGAGCAAGCUGCGAAGCUGACUACAACUCUGGACGUUGAAUCCAUGAGCCAUCUCUGCAAAUUGUUACUCCAGCAUGAGACAGCGUUGGACAUCAUUUCUUUGCAUGAGCCGAUCUCUUCGCUAGUAUACCACGCCUUGAAGUUCAUAGAGACGUAUGAUUGUGAGACUGUUGGCGAUCCGCAGACAGCAGUUGGCCAUCUCGGAGAUGUGGUAUUGUUUGCCCAGUAUACGAUGGAGAAGUAUCAUCUUGACAUGGACACUUUCGCCCAUGGCGCCAACGCGGUAUCUUCACAGUUUAUCAAAACUGUACGGAAUAUAUACGGGUUAGAUGAACUCACCCGAGAGGAGAUGGUCGCAUUUAAUUCUUGGUUCAAAACGCUUUUCGACAGUACGAGCGAAGGAAUCGAGGAUUCUAUCCUCAGAUCAACAAAUCCGAAGAUACUUCUACGGCUAGCCGCGACUUUGGUCUCACAUGCCAUAAUAGCGCGAAUGGCAUCCAAAAUCGACAACGAUACCCUUCACAACGGCGUCUCAUUCUUUCUUAGUCCACUGUUAAAUUGGACUCUGGUAGGUGUCGUGAAGUCGUUGCUCAGGGAGAUCAAAACGAAAGGUUUCAAUGCUCCCGUCCAUUUCGACAUCCUACAAACAAUCCUACUUUCUCCUUCAUGUCCACCGACCGUCCAUUGCCUUUGUGGCGCGCAGAUUUUGACGCAAAUCACUCUCCUGAACGUCCGAGUUCAGACGGCUUCGUCAGAAUUUAAAUUUGAUGUUCGGGCUAUUCGCCAAUUAGCUGCUCGUGCAGUUGGCUACAUAGAACCAGCGACUAUGCCGACUCCUAAGCAGCAAGGACUAUGGCCGAACCAACCCAGGAACGCGAUUCUCAUGGCGAUAGGGACGGCGCGAGGAGGCAAAGCGCCGCAUCUCGAUGUAAAGCAUUGUCUGGACGUCACACCGCCCGCUAAGUUCCUCCAGCUCCUCUGGAGUGAACUGGUGGUCGCGGCGGGUCUUGGAGAGAUGGACAUGUGCCGACGGAUAGCGACCUACGUUCUGACAAUGCCACAACCUCCGCAGACUCCGCCUCUGCUGCCCAUCUUCCUAUACAUCGUCCUCCCCUCAUUGAUCGUCGCGAUCGACAAUCAGAACGUGGGAGAGCAGACGCUGGGGACGGAGCUGCUCUUCAAUAUCGUCACGUCAUCGCUCACCGCUGCUCUCCAUCUUGAAUGGGCUCUUCGUGCAGUAGGCGGUGAACCAUUAUCUCCGUUGGGCGGGCAGCCAAGUACGAUCAUGGCUCGAAGGUUAGGGGUCAACCUCCGCAUGAAGAAAAAUAGCCGCACUUCGCGGUCGCUCCUGCACAAAUUGACAUCGUCGCAACCGUUCAUGGCCAACUUCCCGCAUUUCAUGAGCGAAAUAAACAUUUAA